CGGGGUCGCGCCUGUGCCCGUCCCCGCGCCAAGGCACCGCCAGGGUGGGCGCGGGGACAGAAGGCCGGGCUGGGGGCGCGUCAUGUGGCCGCUCACGGUCCUGCCGCUGCUGCUGCUGCUGCUGUGUUCAGGCCUCGCCGGACAGACCCUCUUCCAAAGCCCAGAGGAAGGCUGGCAACUGUAUACUUCGGCCCAGGCCCCUGAUGGGAAAUGCAUCUGCACGGCGGUGAUCCCUGCCCAGAGCACCUGCUCCCGAGAUGGCAGGAGUCGAGAGCUGCGGCAGCUGAUGGAGAAGGUCCAGAAUGUCUCCCAGUCCAUGGAGGUCCUUGAAUUGCGGACGUACCGUGACCUCCAAUAUGUACGCAGCAUGGAGACCCUCAUGCGGAGCCUGGAUGCACGCCUCCGGGCAGCUGAUGGGUCCCUCUCAGCCAAGAGCUUCCAGGAACUAAAGGACAGGAUGACGGAGCUGUUGCCCCUGAGCUCAGUCCUGGAGCAGUAUAAGGCAGACACGCGGACUAUCGUGCGCCUGCGGGAAGAGGUGAGGAAUCUGUCCGGCAGCCUCGCAGCCAUCCAGGAGGAGAUGGGUGCCUACGGGUAUGAGGACCUACAGCAGCGGGUGAUGGCUCUGGAGGCCCGGCUCCACGCCUGUGCCCAGAAGCUGGGCUGUGGGAAGCUGACCGGGGUCAGUAACCCCAUCACCAUUCGAGCCAUGGGGUCCCGCUUUGGUUCCUGGAUGACCGACACGAUGGCCCCCAGUGCGGAUAGCCGGGUCUGGUACAUGGAUGGUUAUUACAAGGGCCGGCGUGUCCUGGAGUUCCGCACUCUGGGAGACUUCAUCAAAGGCCAGAACUUUAUCCAGCAUCUGCUGCCCCAGCCGUGGGCAGGCACAGGCCAUGUGGUGUACAAUGGCUCCCUGUUCUACAACAAGUACCAGAGCAACGUGGUGGUCAAGUACCACUUCCGCUCCCGCUCCGUGCUGGUGCAGAGGAGCCUUCCGGGAGCCGGUUACAACAACACCUUCCCCUACUCUUGGGGUGGCUUCUCCGACAUGGACUUCAUGGUGGACGAGAGCGGGCUCUGGGCUGUGUACACCACCAACCAGAAUGCAGGCAACAUCGUGGUCAGCCGGCUGGACCCGCACACCCUGGAGGUCAUGCGGUCCUGGGACACCGGCUACCCCAAGCGCAGUGCUGGGGAGGCCUUCAUGAUCUGUGGUGUGCUCUACGUGACCAACUCCCACCUGGCCGGGGCCAAGGUCUAUUUUGCUUACUUCACCAACACGUCCAGCUACGAGUACACGGACGUGCCCUUCCACAAUCAGUACUCCCACAUCUCCAUGCUGGAUUACAACCCCCGGGAGCGGGCCCUCUACACCUGGAACAAUGGCCACCAGGUGCUCUACAACGUCACCCUCUUCCAUGUCAUCAGCACUGCUGGGGACCCCUAGAAGGCCACCAGGGGCCCUUUCUACUCUGCCUGUGUCCCUUCAAGUUGGUCUGUCUGUUGUGCCCUGCCUCCCCUCCUGUCCCUUUAUCUCUGUCCCUGCCUUUGGCCCAGCUUUCCUUCUCUGCCUCUGUAUUUCUCCCGGUGCAUUUUCUCUGUGUUGUCUCUUCUCCUUUAUUGAUCUGAUUUUGAUACUCCAGUUGUCAUUCUGCCUUUUUAUUGAUGUCACUGUCUCUUUGUUUUUAUUGAUCUGACUCUCCAGAUCAUUCCCUGUCCCUGCCUGUCUCUUCCUCAUCCCUCCCUCCCCUCCCUCUUUGCUUCCCUCCCACUCCCUUCCCCUUCUCUUUGAACCCUCCCUCUCGCCCUCGAAGGAGUUGAGUGCAUGGAUCUGUUUCUCUUUAUUUUUUAUUUACACCUUUUUUUCCUGGGUUGCCGGAAUAAACGGGACCUUUGACAU